AUGGUGCUGCUGUCGGGGCACGGCGAGCAGCUGGCCGGGGAGCGGGUCUGCCCCGCGCCCGCCGCCGCCAAGGAGAUGCCCGGCGCCGAGGCGGAGAGCAGCCCCGAGCAGGGGGCGGCGGAGGCUGCCGCCGAGGAGCCGGACGGAGAGGAGGAAGAGGAGAAGGAGGAGGAGGAAGACUGCGAGGAGUACGAGGACUUCUCCGAGCUGCCCGACACCUGCAGCAUCGCCUCGGACGACUCCUUCUACCCGCCCGGSGGGCUGGACGACGACGACGACCUGUGGUCCCAGGAGGGGGACGAGCGCGACAGUCCCGAGGCGCUCAGCCUCUUCCGAGCCUGCUGCACCAACAACAGCAUCGUGCUGAARGCGCUCAUCCGCCAAGGCCCCGAGGAGGAGGAUGUGCGGGAGGCCGACCGCAACCGCAGGAAUGGUCUUAUCGUUGCCUGUUACCAAGGUUAUGUGGACAUUGUAAUAGCCUUAGCACAAUGCCCUCACCUCGAUGUGAACUGGCAGGACAACGAAGGGAACACGGCUCUAAUUACAGCUGCACAGGCAGGGCACAUAACKAUCACAAACUAUUUGCUGAACUAUUUUCCUGGGCUCGAUAUUGAGAAGAGAAAUGCGUUUGGAUUCACAGCACUGAUGAAAUCUGCGAUGCAGGGCCGAACGGAAUGUGUGAAAGCCUUGGUGAUGGCAGGGGCAAAUGUUCACGCGACUGACCCAAGCCGUGGGCUGACUUCAUGGGAAUGGGCUUGUUUCACGGGAAGAUCAGAAUCUGCCUUUGUCAUGCAAAAGCUGAUGGACAGGCCAUGCCCAGAACAGCUUUCUGACCAAUAUAAACCAGAAUGGCCAAAAAUGAAGGAACUUCUUGCCAAGGCUGCAGAGCCAAAAAGCUGCUUGCAGAAGAUUUCUGAGUGCGUGAGGGCAGCUGUCUCAUUCCGGUCUUUCUACGGCCCGGAAGAGGAUGGGGUCCUUGACCACAUGGUGAAGGUGACCACAAGCUUGGGAAGUCCCUUCAUCGCUCUGGCRUGCCGGACCGUGUGCCCAGGCAGCCCACCUUCUGUGGGGAAACGCAGGCUGGCUGUGCAGGAAAUCCUGAGGAAGCAGAGAGCAGAGGAGAUCCGGUCUCUAGACAAAGACCACGUUAGCAGCUACGAGAAGCUCUUCCAGAACUCCAAAGUCACAGUGAUCCCCAAGAAGAAGGAGCGCCGAGCCAGCCUGCAGCCCAUCAGCGUGGCAAUAUCUCAAGUGAACACAGUAGCCACGAGGAAAGCAAGCCUCCUGCCGCUCCACCUGCUCAGAAGGAGCAGCGUCCGGCCRGGAUUUGUCAUCCCCAAAGUCCGCGUCAGCAAGGCUCCUCCGCCCACCUUCCAGCCGGAAAAGAGAAGGAGAAGCAGCGCRAAGGAUGACCCCUAUUUGCAGAUUCCCAAAUGGAGAUACAAGGAGCUAAAGGAGGAGCGCAGGAAGGCAGAGGAGCAGGAGAAGAACAGAGCAGCAGAGGCCCAAAAGCCCAGGCAGGCGUCUCCUGCCCAAAGCAGGACCUGAUUCAAAGGCAGCUGCUGAGAAGGUUCUGGAGCCGCUGGUCUCGUUAUCCGAGUAAGAUAACAGACUGAGAGCCUCUGUGCAUGCCCUCUGYUCAUGGAGCUGGGACACUGAGUCACGGCCUUCAAGGGGCAGAAACACAGCAAGGGCGAUGCCACAGCAUAUCUGAGGGUGGAGCAGGAUGCUGUUUGAGGGGGAAGACUUACUAAGAUUACCUGUCUGCUGAUUACAGGAACUUCUAAGUGGUGCAGUCCUCUUGUGGACUCCUGUCUUUUCAGCUCCUGGUGAACAACUGAGAAACAGCUUGAAAAGCACGUGUGUGAAAGGAUCGUAUUUUGUGUUUGUUCAUUUCGUAAUGGGCAAAAUUAAGGAGYUGUGCUUUUGACACUAGACAUGCCUCCCUCUCCUUGCUUAGGUAAACAAUAUUGCGAAGAUUUUUAGUAAUAAUUUAAAGUUUAAAAUAUACCACAGUGUUGUUUGGCAGUGAAAAUCCAGGUCUGCAAUUGUUUUGGAUAUACUAAGCACUUUAUUUCUAUUCCAGUAAAAAGAUUUUAAGGAUAGGCAUUAAACUCUACAGCUCUAUACAGUCUGUAUGGAUGCAGUUCUUAAUGCUAUUGUUUGCUCUGUUGAAUCUAAAAAGGGCUUAAUAUGAAAUUUCUCUGCAGGUGAGAUAUUCACAUCUUCUGCAGGUAUAAACCAGGGGCAGGGACUGAUUUCUUUGCAGCAACAGAGAAGCUGAGAUAAUUUUUGAAUGCCACCAUCACCUAAGAUUUGCCUCCCCCACUAGAUUUCCCUUUAUCCAUUAUCUGUUGUCUCCUCUUUAGUCUCAGGGAAUUUUUUGUCGUUGCUUUUAACUGUGAAUUAAGGAGAUGGUGAAGCACAGUGGAUGUUUUUUAGGUUGAUAUUUAAUUCCUGUUUAAAAAACUCACCAGGUUUAUUGUGAGACUUUCCAGAUCAYAGCCAGGAGAAGAAUAUUAUGCAGCUUUCAGAUGUUCAAGCAACUUUCCCAGGCGUCAAAAUGAGCUGUGGUCAGAGAUGCAGUAUCGGGCAGCUCAGCCACUGAUGUGGCCAAAUGUCACCAUAAGCUUUGGAACGACACCUCUGCGUGCCCAGAGAAGGCAGUACCUCACCCCUUUGUCUCCACAUUGGCAGAGAACCUUCCCCAGCAUGGAAGUGCACCCCCAAGCAGCAGUUCCCUCGGGCUGCUGCAGGUUCUUGUGCUCCACAUGAAGGCUUUGGCUGCUCCAGCAGUCAGCCCAGACAGCACACCAAGCCUGGCCAAUUCUGGUCAGGAAGGGCUGUACACCUGCUGCUGGCUGAAGGAACAGCACACUCACAGAAGCAGAGGUCAGAUGCAAACAGCAAGUCACAGAGCACAUGCCCAGGGUAAGGUUUUGCUCAGGCUUUGCACGUGUUUGUACUGARAUGUGCUGCAGCAUGUCCUCCCAAAGGCGUUGCUGUGCUGGAGCUGCUGCUGUUGUCACCAGCUUCUCCCCUCAGUUAAAGAGUGAAAAACUUUUCCAUCCUUUAGUCCUACAGCACAAAGGCUGGCCAUAG